AUGUCACAACGCCCAGUCAUUAUAGGCUUUUUUCAUCCAUAUUGUAAUGGAGGAGGGGGGGGAGAACGUGUUUUAUGGACUGCAAUUAAGGCUAUUCAAAGUAAAUACGCUCAUGUUAUAUGUGUCAUUUAUACAGGAGAUAUCAAUUCAGGAAAAAAUGACAUUCUAAUAAAAACAAAAACAAUAUUUGGCAUAGAAUUAGAUGAAAAAAGAAUACAUUUCAUAUAUUUACAUAAACGUUAUUACGUAUCUUCAAAACAAUGGCCACAUUUUACACUUUUAGGUCAAUCCUUAGGUUCAUUAAUUUUAGCUUACGAAGCAAUUAAUCAAUGUGUACCAAACAUUUUUAUAGAUACAAUGGGGUAUGCGUUUACUUAUCCUCUUGUAUCAUCUUGCUUAGAUAUUCCUAUUGUAGCAUAUGUUCAUUAUCCUACAAUAUCUACAGAUAUGUUGUCAAAGGUGCUUUAUAAAAAAUUUUUAAAAUACAUAUAUUGGAGACUUUUCGCAAUAGCUUAUUCAUUUUGUGGUCGUUAUGCAGAUCUUAUUAUAACAAAUUCAACAUGGACACAAACUCAUAUAGAAUCCUUAUGGAAAAAGAAAGAGAUAAUUACCAUAUAUCCUCCUUGUAAUACAAAAGACUUAUACGAUCCUUAUAUAGACGAAAAAAGUAAGCAUGAAAAACUAAUUGUUUAUCUUGCACAAUUUAGAAAAGAAAAAAAUCACAAACUUUUGUUAAAAUCAUUUAAAACAAUGCUUGACACGUACCCUGAAACAAAAAACUCAGGUAUAAAACUAGUUUUAAUAGGAUCUACAAGAAAAAAUGAUGAAUUAUACAUUAAUGAUCUUAAAAACAUUACAAAACAUUUAAAUAUUGACAAUUAUGUUUCAUUUAUUCACAAUUUGCCAUGGAAAGAAGUAGUUAUAUGGCUCAAAAAAUCAUGGAUUGGUGUAAAUACAAUGUGGAAUGAACAUUUUGGAAUUUCUAUCGUUGAAUAUAUGGCAGCAGCACUUAUUCCAGUUGUACAUGAUUCAGGCGGACCUAAACUUGAUAUUGUUAUAGACUAUGAUGGAAAACCAACAGGAUACCAUGCCACUACUCCUUUAUCUUUUGCAAAAGCAUUUAAAGACAUAUUUUCAAUGUCUCAAGAAGACAGGGAUUCUAUGCGAAAAAGAGCUAGAGCCUCUUCUGUUCGUUUUUCAGAAGAAACAUUUAGUGAACAGUGGUUAAAUGUUAUGAAUAUUCUCCUAAAACAUGAACAGACACAUAGACGUGAACGUAUCUACCGUACUAGAUUUAAAGAAUAUUAA